UUAGUGUUUCUCACCCCUGGGAGGCCCUGAUCCCCUGCCUCAGUCUCCCCUCAGGGGAAGGCCUCAGCUGACCCUCUGCCCCUCCCCUACAGCAUGCAGCCCCAGGAGAGCGGUGUCCAGUAUAGCCGGUGGAAGGAAAGUGGCCAGGAUGAAGUCAGUGUGGUGGCCGUGUCUAACAGUGAGGAGACCUCUUGCUGUGAGAGGGUCUGCUGGAAGCUGUGCACGGGCAAGCUGGGCAUCAUCAUGAAAGUGGUGGGAGGAGUGGCCUUCUUCUGGGCUGUCUUCAUCCUGGGCUAUGUCACUGGCUACUUCGUGCACAAGUGCAAAUAGAUGCUCUUGGGGAUGAGUGCAUACCUGCAGGACACAGGCUGGGAGGAAUACUCCCAUAUACACAGCCCCCCCCGCAAUGUACACAGCCCUCUCAUGUACAUGGACCCCCCUCACCCU